AUGCCCAUCCCCAUAGUAGACUCGCACAUCCACCUCUUCCCCGAAUCCCACCUCCCGACCCUCGCCUGGUAUGGUCCCAACAACCCCCUAGGCUCGCAACAUUGCCUUGAUGAGUACCGUCUUGCGACCGCAUCCACCCCCACUUCUCCCGACUCCACAGAAUCAACCUACCUCCGGGGCUUCAUCUUCCUCGAGACAGACCGCAUUUCCUCCGUGGAGGAGUCGGGCAAUGGCUGGUCGCAUGCGCUGGAUGAAGUCUCGUUGUUGACGCGGGUCAUCACCGGUCAGCCCGUCCCUGGAGAAGGUCACCAUGAGGGGGACCGUCAUCUCUGUCUAGGGUUUGUGCCCUGGGCCCCCGUUCCUGGGGGGUCAGCGGCGCUGGAGAAAUAUAUGGCUCUGGUGAAACAGCGGACAGGCACGGAGCAAGUCUGGCGGAAGGUUUGCGGGGUGCGAUAUCUGGUGCAGGACAAACCGGCUGGGGUCAUGCUGCAGCCGGGCUUUAUUGACGGGUUGAGCUGGCUGGGGAAGAGCCAGCUGACGUUCGAUCUCGGUGUCGAUGCGCGACAGGGAGGCCUCAGACAACUGCGCGAGGCGGUUGAGAUGAUGCGGAGAGUUUACGAAGAGGAGAAGUCGAGCCUCGUCAUGGUUAUCAAUCACCUCUGUAAACCCAACCUGCGUCUGCCUUACUCGGGCCCCGAGUCCAUCUCGAACCAUCCGGAUUUUCUGGAGUGGAAGUCGCUCGUUAUGGCGAUGGCACAUUAUCCUACGGCAUACAUGAAGCUCUCAGGUGCCUUCUCCGAGCUCCCUCCUCUGUCAUCGACGCCAGAACCAGACAUGCCCUCCCUCGUCGAGAUGCUCUCCCCAUGGACUGACGUGGUGUUUGAUGCGUUUGGACCCGAGCGAGUCAUGUUCGGGUCCGACUGGCCUGUCUGCAAUGUUGGAGGAGGCGGCAACGCGGUUUCGUGGCGACGCUGGAAGAGUGUGGUCGAAGCUCUUCUUGAGCGACGCGGGCUGACCGCAGACCAAACGAGAGCGGUAUGGGGAGGGGCCGCUGUCAAAGCAUAUGGAGUUGAUAUUUGA